GGGUCAAGUCGGCCCUCUGGCUUCCACCAUUCGGAGUGGUCGGACCUGUUUGGGCCAGAAGGUGUGGCGUUGAGUUUACCAGUCACGACACGCUCCAAGUCAUUCCGUUUCGCUGCGCUGUACGGAGAAAACCACUCCCCGAAGCGCCACCAGUCACGUCACGCCUUUAUACGUGCCUCACACAAAAACCUGGUCCGAUUUGUCCGGACGUCGCCGAGCCUGCGCAGUUUACCAGCCGUCUCUACCCGUUUUGCAGACAAGAUGUCGUCAGGUGUGACGGUGGACGCCGCCAUCCCCCCCUUGUUUCAUGACAUGAAGUUUAAGAAGACGCUGAAAGUGGCGUUCUUCCGCAUCAGCGACGACGGCAAGAGGAUCAUCGUGGACGAGGAGAAACAAAUCAAGCCGUCCGAGAAGGACCCCUACGGCGCCUUCAUCAGAAUGCUCCCGACCAACGAAUGCCGCUACAUCGUCUUUGACGUCGCCUACGGGACCAAGGAGUCCGGCGACAAGACCUCGCUGCUCUUCAUCGCCUGGGCUCCUGAGGAUUCGUCAGUCAAAGCCAAGAUGGUCCACGCCAGCUCCAAAGAUUACCUCAAAAAAGAGUUGGGACUGGACAACGAGUGGGAUCUACACGACAUGGCGGACGCCAUGAACAUCAGGGAGAUGGGCGCCAAGCUGAAAGGGGCUCUGUGCGUGGAGGGGAGGGACCUGGGAUGCCACUGAGCCGCACCCCGACGGGACCACAUCUGCGGCCUUCGAGAGGAACCUUGUUUGUGACAUCCCCCAAAGCCACGCUUCAAUAAAAACCGGUGGCUAUGCGUCCCGCCUCGA